AGAGAGAUUGACCUUUUCAGUAAGAAGAAUGGGUGUCAUGGAUACACGUGCGUAAACACGCCUCCCAUUUAGGCUACUUUGAUCCCCAGCUAAAAGAUCUUCAGAAAUGUUUGAUCUUAUUGGAAGAAAUACAUAAAAUAAUUUAAAAUACAAAUAAAAUUAAUUUUUUCGCAUAUUUUUGAGCCAAGUUCAGUAAUGGAGUGCUUAUCUGGAGACCAUGCGCUGGAAGAGAAAUUCAAGCGCUUUAAAAAGCGCGAUCUAACCGAGACAUAUUCAUUUAAAAUGGCAUGUGGUUCAUUAGUACCGCAGAAAUGCAAGAAUAUUGUUAUCAGGAGGCACAUGAUGGAUAGAUUGAGUACCGUUCCUAAAACUCGCGCACAACCGAGACACUUCAGCGCUUUACUCGAUACACCUGCAACAAACUCUGCUGAUCUCCAGGUGUUGACGUGUUAUCCUGAAAACAAACUCGUAGAUCUUCCAGAGUGGAUCAGAGAUCGAAAAGCAUUGCGAGAAGCGUUGGACGGGAUGGGUGACCUGCGCAGGUGGCUUCAUAAUAAACCUAACCUCACGGAUCUGGAGUUUCGGGUCAUGGAGAGAGAGGGACGAGCUAGGAUAUCCCCUCCUGAAACAAGCAUGUAUACACCAGACCCUGCUACUGUACGAAUAUCUUAAUACAUUAUUUAUUUACUGUAACCUUUAAUAAGUAGCCUAUGCUUUAAUUCAUUUAAAUUCCCAUAACAAAAUUAAAUGGUUCUUAUUAUAUAUAUAUGCUUAUAUACAGCAUAGGCUUAUUAUAUAUAUAUACCAUGUUUUUUAUUUACCAUGUUUUUUAAAUACUAUUUGUAAAACUAUGGUUUUACUAUACAAAACAAACUUGUUAAACUACAAGGUUAUUGACCCAAAGCCAUGGUUAAUUAGUUGUAACCAUGUUUUUAAUUUGUAGUAAAACCAUGAUGAAUUUUAGUAAGGGUUCCAGUGUGUUUGACAACCAGGUGUCAAAUAGGCCUAACAAAAGAAAUAUCACAGAAAUUGUAAUGGUUAUUCUAAUGGGAAUUGUAUUGGUUUUAAUGUAUAAACUUUAAUGGUUUCUGUUGGUCUAUACUGGCAAUGUGUUGGGUUCUUCUGGCGGUAUGUAAUCUGGCAGAUGUGAACUAAUAAAACAUAAUUAAUAAAAUAAAUUAGCCACCUUGUAAAAGCACCAAGUGUAUUUCAAAUAGCCACAUUAUAAAACACAAUAACAUUACUCACUUCAGAGUUUACACUAUAUGAGCUCUCCUUCGCGAUGUGAGUGCAUCAUAAUAGACACUUUGAUCAUCCAUAUUGCCUAUAAAAGUCUGUCUUUUUAUCACAGUCAUCACCGAGCAUGCUCAAACAUGAGAUUGAAGAAGUAAACCAGUAUCUGUGCAUGCACAAACAUACCUGCAAACUCGCCAAACUGUUAGACUGGCAUGGGACUGGUCAAAUAAAACGUGCAGACCUCUGUACGUUGUUUGAGAAGGAAGGCUUCUUCAUACCCCCUGAGAGGUUGGAUGAACUCAUAUUCUCCUUAAAUAGUCAGGAUGGAACCUCGGUAGCUGUAGAUGACCUGGCUGCUGGUAUUCAGGCCUGGAGCAGAAAGUAUCAGGAAAGAGACGGACAAAGAUCAAAUCCUAUGCUUGAGUUUAAACAUAAUCCACAAAAAGAUGGAAUCAUGCUUGACAGAGGAGAUCAGGAUCAGGAGGGCAUGAAAGAUGUGGAGGUGUUAGCAAUCAUGCGAAGAGUUCUGGCAUCUACCAAAACCUCUUGCCCUUCUUCUCUAAGUGGCCCAAUGGGAAGAGAAGUGAACCGUUUCAGGGGACUUUGUUUUAAACAAUACGCAAAAGCACUGGAGCAAUGCCAACAACGUGGGCUUAAUGUGAGCCAACCCACUCUACAGAGAGCCAUGUUGCACCCUGGUGACAUGAGCAUUUCUAGGAGCUCAAACUUGGGAGGAAAAAGUAACAUCACAGGUCGUAGUAGACGAGAACAGCGCCUGGCAUCCCUCAGCACACCCAAAGCACAUCAAGUGGAAUAUGUACCACAUAAGAGCUAUAAAGAAGUAAAUAAGAAAUCAAUUUGCUGGGCAGACCCUAAUGCUUUCUGGCCUGGAAGGGAAGAUCAUGUGCGCGUGUUCCUGCCCCUGAUGCCUCGGUCUCCUGCAUCGGUUUUGUUUCAGUGCAUUGAACAUUCUUCUGCACCAAGUCCUGGAAGCUGGCCUAUAAAUCAUUUAGGAUACUCAACAUCUGGAGACAUAGAAGCAUGCAAGAAAUACACCCUCUAACUUUCUUCUGGCUAUUAAUUUGAUUGUUGGUUAUAAUAAAGAUUACAUAAAGACCCUUUUCACAGUGUUAAGCAUGCUUUCAAAGUUUUUUGACAUAUUAAGUUGAACAUCACUGCUUUGUCCACUUUAAUCUGCUAUUGAGCUUGAUUGUUUUCAGAAAAAAAGAUUUUAGUGUAAUACUUUUGUAAUAGUUGUGCAGUAUAGUAAAGUCACUAAAAAAGUU